GAGAACAGGCCACUGCUGCACAACCGAUGGGCACAAGAUUGUCCCAAGCGCAUGCAGAAGCACUCACUCCUACCUUAUGGGCACUAUUAAGCCAUUCGAAGACUACUAUGAAAGGGAAAGAUAUGCCCCUGUCUCUUAGGGUGUUACAGGCAUUGAUUGAUCAGGUCGAAGGAUCGCAUCUGACCUUAACGACAAAGUCCGUCUUUAUCAACUUUAUCAUGGUUUCGAUUCUG